AUGAGGCUGACGAUAGAGUUGAUCCUGCAAGCCCCUCAAUACAAAUCCCCAUCGCAGAACUGGACCCUUAACCUGAGAGGGUGCCAGCUGGAUACAAUAGAAAACCUGGGGGCUACUGGGGACUUUUUUGAGGGUUUAGACCUCAGCGACAACCAGAUUAUAAAACUCAACAACUUUCCUCCUCUUUAUAGAUUAAAUUCUCUCAUUGUGUGUAACAAUAGAGUGACGCGUAUAGCCCCCGAUUUGAUGACUUUCUUACCUAACCUUGAAUCUCUUAUUCUAACAAACAACAGAAUUGAGCAUCUCGUGGAUUUGAUUCCUUUGUUUCAGGGUGAGGAUAAUUAG